GGUCAUUUUGCGCUCGAGGGUAUAAUACCCAUUUGGAGAAACCCUAGCUGCUAAAUGGCCGCCCUUCUUCUCUUCUCGAAUAUCAUCUUCCUCUCUCUCUCGUUCUGUACGUCUCUCCUCCAAAAACGAACAAACAUGAACCCUAGCUCUCCUCUAAAUCGACCGAAACCGCUGCCUCUCUCCUUCUCACUUCUUUUCGUAUUUCGAUCGACCAUCUCCUUCUCCGUUCGUUUCUACUGAAACACGAUGAGAAAGGAAGAAAAGCAAAAUGACAACGACGAGGGAGAAAUGACGGUGGUGGACACCGGUGAUGACGAUCGGACGACGGUAAAGCUAAUAGUUUCAUUUGGGGUUUGCAUGUCGUUUUUGUGUUUUCAAUUGGCGAUUUCGAUUUAUUUGGAUUUAGGGUUCUGACUGUGUUUUGGUUUUUGAUUGUAUUUUUUUUUUGUUUUUGUUUUGAUUCUCGUCGAGAGGAGAAUCAAAAAUGGGGUCAGCUGACGGUGAGGGAUUCUAACGGUCGUGCAAGGGAGAGAAGCCCUCUGUGGGAUUCGAUUUUCUAGGUAAGCUUCUGUUUCUUUUUAUUUUGAUAUUUGGGAAGUUUUAUAGUUCUGACUUUUUUUAUUUGGUUUGGGGUUUCAGACGAGAGGGGUGGAAGUAUGGGAGCCGCCGCCGGCAGUCCCGGGUCUCGCCGACGGCGAUGGAAUGAGUACAGGGCAGACAGACCCUUUCGGAGAAGGAAGGUGUUUUUGUGUUCUUGUUUUGGGAUUAUAGUGGUUAAAGGGAGCCCUCUGUUUUUGUGUGAUGAAAGAGGGAAGUCUCUGUUUGGUAGAGUUUUUGCUUUUUGUUGUCUGUGGAUCAGAGCAGAAAGAAGAAGUGGAGGGGAUGGAAGCUUGUGUGAAAGAAGUAGCAGAAAGAAACUUGAUGAGGGAGUGAAGAAGGAAGAAGCUCUUCCCUUUUUUCCGUCUACUGCCUCUGGCGAGAAAGAACAAGGAUGACGAUGAAGAAGAAGAAAGAAAAAAGCAAGCUCGCUACAGUACCGGUUUGGGUCAGACUGAUCUGUAUUUGGACAGACUUGGCCAGGUUGACUGAGUUUGACUUUUGUUGACCGAAUUGACCAGAGUUGACUUUCUGGGCUUGGGCUAUUUUAUUUUUUAGUUGUAAAUGCAAUUGUAAUUAUAGUUAUUAUGGUUUGUUUUAAUCAAGGUUUCAAUUUUUU